AUGAAUGCAUCAAAAACAGUAUCAGAUAAAGAGUUUUUGGACGCUAUAAAAACGUUAUUACGAAACAGUGGUUACUUAAACAAUGUACAAGCGGAGAUAAGAGGAAAGGUCAUUGAAAUACUUCAAGAACAACAACGUCACAAUAACCAGGAUUGUCAUAAAUUUUAUGUUCCUGUGCCACCAGAUGAAGUCUUGUUAAUUAAUGAUUUAAUAAGAGAAUACCUGGAAUGGAACGGUUACCUGUAUACUACAACUGUAAUGACCUCUGAGGCUGGUAUGCCUGAAGAGAAACGAACUAGAGUAGAACUUUGUGCGGAAGUAGGAGUAAAAGACGAUGAAAAGUCUUCAGCCUUGCCACUUUUGACAAACAUAGUAGCCGCGUACACAGAGCGCAUAAAACGCAAAAUAAACAAAAUAAAAAAGGAAGGCUCAUAG